GUCAUUUCCAAACAUUAUUGUGCUAAGGAAAGAGAAAGAAGUCUUCCAAACAAUAGAAAUCCCAACUCACAAGUUAUAAUCAUCUAGCCAACUAUUUAUUGAUAUAUUAUAUUGUAAUCUUCACUUUAAAUAUUAUGUUAUAUUUAAUAACCCUUAUUAGAAGUUAUAGUUUGCGUUUAGGCCACAACCAAAUAAUUUGAUGAAGGCAAAGAUAUCUUAGCUUUUCCUCAUCAUAUUAUUGUUCUUGCUUCUUCCUUACCAAGACCAAGAAGAAGAGAGGAAAAGAAACCUUUUCUUCAAACAAGGUAUGCCUUCUUUUAAUAAUUACUUUCAACACCCCCUCUUACUCCUUUCUAUUUCACAACCAUGGAAGAGUGGAACAUGCUCGCGGCCGAUUGUGUUGUCGUAUCAUGCUGCUGCCAAUGCUUGGUGCUACAAAUUCUUGUACUUGUGUUGCGAAAGAUGGUGAGGAAAACAAGAGAAUAUGGUAAGAAAUUAUUUUGUCAAAGAAAGAGGAAUUAUAGAGGGGUGCAAAGAGAAAUUCAUGAGAAUUCUUAUAAAGAUGUGCUUUUGAGAAUUCAUGAACAAUCUAUUAGAAUUCAAGAAGAUAUGGAACUAAAAGAUGGUGAUGUGCAUAAUUGUGGUUAUUGUAUGGUUGAAGUUGAGAAAGUGAUGGAAGAACUUUGUGAGAAGGGAGAGUUUGGAUUUGGAAGCUUUUGGGGUAGGAAAGAGCCAUGGGAUUUUCCUAAAGUUGUCAAUGAUCAUAAUGAUGAUAGUUUUGAAAGAUAUCAAAUAAUUGAAGUGGGAUGCACAUAGUGUGGCACAUAACGGAAUCUCUUAGGCAUGUGGUAAUGAAUUCGAUUUUAAUCGGUGCGUAUGGAAGAAAAACACUUGUUAAAAGAGAUCGAUCACUUGAUUAAUCUCUACCUUUUCGGCUAGGGAUACCUUACUCGCAAAAUAUUGAUUUGGUUGGUUCAUUAAACUAUAUAUGCUUAAAAAUUGUCAAAUAUAUUCCAAAAAUUUAAUCUAAUGCUAUGCAGCUCGUAACUCACAAUUGUGUGGGAAUGAGUGUUUGAAUAUGCUUCUAUCCACCAUCAUAGUACAUUUAUGAGGCAUGUUAUCUUGAAAAAGAAGCUGCAUUUGUAGAUCUCUGAUGUUGUGUUUGGAAUAGAGUUGCAUUUAGCAAAAUCGCGGAACAAAACCGCGUCAAAGUGAAA